UUUCUGUGUAGGGAGAUAAGGGAUGGCCAGGUCUGCCAGGUGGACAGGGACUUCCUGGACCACAGGGAAAUCCAGGUGAUAUGGGACAUGCUGGACCUCCAGGACCCCCAGGACAACCAGGAAACGCAGGACAGCGUGGAUCUAGUGGCCGUGAUGGAGAGCCAGGUGCCGUCGGAUUACCAGGACCACAGGGACCUCGAGGACCAUCCGGAAAUGAUGGUGAUUCCGGUCCAGCUGGACCACAAGGACCCCGUGGAGCACCAGGACCUCCAGGAUACGCCAUGGCAAGGCCAAGCCCACAAACAUCAUCUAAAGGAGGUGACUGGAUGUACGAUCAAGCUCUUAUGGCACUCCCAUCGAAAUUCCUGACAAGCUUACAGGAUUCCAUCUCCCGUUUAGUUGUACCAGACGGAUCCAAGGAUGCACCUGCCCGAGAUUGCGCCCAAUUAUAUGAUACUCAGACUGAAGAGGCUAGAGCACAACUCAAAAACGGGUUUUUCAUGAUCGACCCCGAUGGUAUGGAGAUUAAUAACGCAAUCAGAGCAUACUGUAGGUUUGAGGAGAGAGAGACAUGUAUAACACCGGGAAUUAAUGAGUUAACAUGGGAUACCGUUGAAUCAUUCAUUGAUAGCAUAAAAGAGUUCUAUUACAAAGCCGAUAAUACGCAGCUCAGUAGUUUACAAUUGGCCAGUGAGGAAGCACGACAAACUAUUACAUACAAGUGUCUAAAUCACGAUAUACACCUCGCCACCACCUCCUUUGAAACCUUCCAAGGCAUUGAUGUCAUGGCCAACAAGCCAAACGGUGCUAAGCCCCGCCAUGUUGAUGUUAAGAUAGACGAGGAUAACUGCAAUGUUAGUAAUUUUAUCACAUGAUUAAAAAUAGCCUCA